AGAUAAUGUAUUUUGCAAUUCUUUGCGGAAUGUCGAGAAACAUUACACUAUACACAAAAUGGUAACCUGGCAGGUGUCGUUUAAAUGUACAUAUUUAAUAUAUAAGUGAUUUAUUUGUUCCUACAUUUCUCGAUUUCCCCUUAGUUUCCACAACAAACAUUUAUAUCAAUUAUAACAAUUAUUCACACAUAGCUGAAUAAUUGGCUGAAUUCAUAUAUGACUUGUAACACAGACUUAAAGAAAAACAAAAAACAAAACAAUUAGACCAAGGAACUAUGGGGAUGGGGGAUGGUAUUUGCUAGAGAUGGAACUGAGAACCUUAGAAACUGUGGAAACUCUUCCAGAACAGACCUUCCUACCCUGUAUAGACCCGCACCAUGAACACCCGUUACAAGCUUUUAUAAGUAACAAUUGUACAAGGCACCCCGUGGCCCUAUUUACUUUAUAAAGUUAACCCAGCAUUACUUAAUACUAAACUUUUUUUUCCUAUGAAGAUGCACAAUGGUUUAAUCCAAAGAAGGCACGUCAAACAAUGAAACUCCAAGUUAGUGCAGCCUGAAGGAUACUAGUUGAACUGGGCAUGCUCAGUCGCCAGGCAGAUUUUUUUUUUUUUUCCCAGUGAAGUGGAAACUACAACUGCGCGUACCGGGUGAACGGGGGUGGGCGUGCCCUCGUGGAAUUUAGAACGUUCUCUUAGCCAAUGGGGCCUCGCGGCUGGCUGGCAGGGCUCGCCAUUGGGGGACCGGGAUGCGAGCGAGUGGAGCGCCGGGGGAGGAAGCGGAGGUGCAGGUCGGAGAGGCCGGGCUAGCCGAGCCCAUUGCGGGAGUAGCAGCAGCGGCCAGGCAGCAUCCAGCAGUGUGCCAGGCGGCCCAGAACAUUGCUUUACUUUUUUUGCUGCACCAACGUAGUCAUUAUGCCGAAGAGAAAGUCUCCCGAGAACACAGAGGGCAAAGAUGGAACCAAGCUAACUAAGCAGGAGCCCACAAGACGGUCGGCCAGGUUGUCCGCGAAACCUGUUCCACCAAAACCGGAGUCUAAACCAAGAAAAACAUCAGCUAAGAAAGAACCUGGAACAAAGAUUAGCAGAGGUGCUAAGGGGAAGAAGGAAGAAAAGCAGGAAGCUGGAGAGGAAGGUACUGCACCAUCUGCAAAUGGUGACACUAAAGUUGAAGAGAUCCACGUCUCUCGUUCAACUGUUAAUGUCUCAGCCUGCAGAAGUCCCCCACCCAGCACACUGUCAGUAAAGGGGCAGAUUGAAACAGUGAGAGUUAAGGGUACAGUAGACAUUCUGCAUGCUUGCAGUGACUAGAAUCAGAGAGUAGCGUGCUGUUUCUUAUCAUGCACACGGGAGCGCGCAGGUAAGGCUUCUGUGGUUGUUUAAAUAGCAGAAAAAUAGCAACCAGUGCUGCAGAGUGUUGCAUAAGGCCUUCCUGCCUUGUCUGUCCAGCCAGAGUUGGAGUGUGUUUUCAAGUAGAGCUGGAAGCAAAGCCAAGGGGGCCAAAUGCUCAAGUGUGUUCUUGGUGGGUGGACUUGCCUUUGCUUCUACUUGGUUUUCUGGUAACUAGUUGUCCUCUUUCUUCCUUCCUUCCUUCUUUCCUUCCUUUCUUUCUUAUUCACAGGCACAGAGAACUGAAUCUAUAGAAAAGGAGGGAGAGUGAAUUGUCGUGGAAAACUAGGGUCGAUUUCACGUACCUCUCGGGACAACUUUUAAAAGCUAUUUUUACCAAGUAUUUUGUAAAUGCUAAUUUUUUAGGACUCUAUUAGUCAGCAUAAAAUCUAUAUGAAGAAGAUGGACAUUUUAUCCUCUUAUGGUGAUGUUUUUUGGAAAUUUCCAUCAUCCUCAAGUCACGCAAAUACCAAUUUCACAUCGGAGCUGCGUGUGAAAUGGAUUCAGCAUUCCGCGCCCUUGCUUUACAAUUUUAGUCCUGUGCAGACUGUGGUGUUUUUACUGAGCGUAUUUGAAUUUUUUCAUGCAAUUUUUCUAGAGCAAUAAUCAGUGGUGCUUUUGUGCCUAGGUUUUAUGUGAUUUUAAUGAAAUAUGGAUAGUUGUGGCCACCUGCUGACUAUUUGUGGUUUAAAAUAAAAAGGUUUUCUUGUCUGCAAAAUA